AUGGAAGAAGACAUUUAGUAACUCUCAAAUGAAGACUUGAAGCUAUUGUUUGAGAGUUUUUCAAUAGUAAGGACAGGGGAGUACCCAGGCUCAGAGGUAUAGUUGGGAUUUAAAAUGCUUUUUGGGGAAGCUGACAAGAAUAGUGAUGGCUAGGUAGAGAAAGCUGAUUUCUUUUAGUUGAUGAGGGGAUAUUUCAACAGUAAGCACUAGAAACCCACACAGUUAGACAUUGAUAUGAUCUAUAAGAAGAUUGAUUUAAACAAUGAUGGAAGAAUUAGUUUUGAGGAAUAUGAUAUCUUUGUCAGGAUGAUAUACGAGACAGAAUAUCUACCAGCUCUGGAUAGAGAGUUAAAAAGAAGAAAUCUUCACCUGACCAUGCAUAAUCAUUGA